UACCCAGCCCCUUGUCAAAGUCAACUCCCGGAGCUGCUUAGGGCUGUUUUGCUGGGACAGUAUUAGAAGAGGCUUUGAUCUGAACAAGCUUUUGCUGUCACACCAUGUCUUUCUCUGACCCCACAACGUUAUUUUUAGAGCACGGCCCAAUUGAAAGCUGGCUCUCACAGCCAGCCUCAACAAUGGCAACCGGUUUGUCCACAAGGUUAGACAAACCCCAAGGACUUUUUGCCCAAGCUUCCCACCCAAGAGAAAGGAACACAAAUGGCUUGGUAAUUGCCCCUGGAAUUUACCAGUGAUGUUCCCAAAACCCCGUCCAACCACAGACAUGGCAGCUGAGUCCCUGCCUUUCACCUUGGAGGCGGUGUCCAGCUGGGAGCUGGAAGCCUGGUAUGAGGACCUGCAGGAGGUGCUGUCCUCAGAUGACAAUGGGGGUCCCUAUAUUUCACCCCCUGGGAACGAGGAGGAAGAAUCGAAACCCCUCACCACUCUUGACCCUGCAUCCCUGGCGUGGCUGACUGAGGAGCCAGGGCCAGCAGAGGUCACAAGCACCUCCCAGAGCCCUUGCUCUCCGGAUUCCAGUCAGAGUUCUAUGGCUCAGGAGGAGGAGGAGGAGGAAGGACAGUCUAGGAAACGGAAACACAGUGGUCAGUGCCCGGCCCGGGCCGGGAAGCAGCGCAUGAAGGAGAAGGAACAGGAGAAUGAGAGGAAAGUGGUAGAGCUGGCCCAGGAGAACGAACGACUCAAGCAGGAAAUCGAGCGCCUGACCAGGGAGGUGGAGGCCACUCGCCGGGCUCUCAUCGACCGCAUGGUGAAUCUGCACCAAGCAUGAACAAUUGGGACCAUCGUUCCCCAGCUCGGGUCACCUCCCGGCUCUCCUGGAGCGUAGCAAACACCAUCCCACCAAGGCCGAGGAUGGAUCCUCAACUGCAUGCUGAGUAGGGAGAACAAAGGGUCUCAGCUGUGUGUGUGUGUGUAUAUACAUGUAUAUACAUAUAUAGUGUACAUUCUUUAUUGUUGUCCAUACCCAUUAAAUGACUUUCUAUGAA